CCCCCACAAACCACAAGCACACACGCGCAGCGCACAGACCAGCCCUACCUACCCAUCAACUGUAUUUCCUCUGCUUGGCGGACCAAUAAGGAGCAAUUUCAUGUUCCCUCCAUCACAGCCAGCGGUGUCUUCGUAAAGAAAAGAGGAUAUACUGAUAGAAAAUUAUUUAUUCUCACCACGUGACAAAUAUAUUCAGGGCUUUUUUUGGCUGCUUUUCUUGGGGACAACAAAGCUGCUUUUAGAUAUUUUCUCAUCUGGUUGAAUUCCCUCUGACAUGGAAGUGCGAUGUCGUCCAGCGGUGAUAUGCUGUGUUUUUGCCGUCCUCUGCUCCGUGCUCCCCCGGUCGCUAGGGUCUUCUUUCAGGGACAGACAGUACCUGAACGAGUGGGCUGUGGAGAUCCCUGGCGGGCUGUCCGCAGCGGAGGCGAUCGCCAAGGAGCUGGAUUACGAACUGGUCCGACAGAUUGGGGCCCUGGAAGACCACUUUUUGUUCAAACACCGCGCUCAUCCUCGCAGAAUGAAACGUAGCGCCCACCAUGUCACCAGGCAGCUAUCAGAGGAUGAUCGGGUGUUGUGGGCAGAGCAGCAGUAUGAAAAACGACGCAGCAAACGAGCAGCUCUUAGGGAGUGUCGAGAUUGUACCGUGGACAAGCUGUUUGAUGAUCCCAUGUGGAACCAACAGUGGUACCUGCAAGACACACGGACAUCGUCCUCGCUGCCGAAGCUGGACCUGCACGUGAUCCCCGUGUGGCAGAAAGGCAUCACUGGAAAAGGGGUGGUCAUCACGGUUCUCGAUGACGGACUGGAGUGGAACCACACAGACAUCUACUCCAACUACGAUGCAGCAGCCAGUUACGACUUCAACGACAAUGACCCCGACCCAUUUCCCAGAUAUGACUCCACCAAUGAAAACAAGCAUGGCACUAGAUGUGCAGGGGAGAUCGCAAUGCAGGCAGACAACAAUAAAUGUGGAGUUGGAGUGGCAUACAACUCAAAGGUUGGAGGGAUUCGUAUGCUGGAUGGGAUUGUGACCGAUGCCAUUGAGGCAAGCUCAAUUGGAUUCAAUCCAAACCAUGUGGAUAUCUACAGUGCCAGCUGGGGACCAAACGAUGACGGCAAAACAGUGGAGGGCCCUGGCCGUCUGGCCCAAAAGGCUUUCGAAUACGGGAUUCAGAAGGGUCGUGGUGGGAAAGGCUCUAUCUUUGUCUGGGCAUCGGGUAACGGUGGCCGACAGGGCGAUAACUGUGACUGCGAUGGUUACACAGACAGCAUCUACACUAUCUCAAUCAGCAGUGCUUCCCAGCAGGGCUUGUCUCCAUGGUAUGCUGAGAAGUGCUCCUCCACUCUGGCUACAGCAUACAGUAGUGGAGACUACACUGACCAGAGGAUUACAAGCGCUGAUCUGCACAACGAGUGCACUCAGACUCACACAGGAACUUCUGCUUCAGCCCCGCUGGCUGCUGGAAUAUUUGCCCUGGCGCUGGAGCAAAAUCCUGAUCUUACCUGGAGAGACCUGCAGCAUAUUGUGGUCUGGACUUCAGAGUUUGAUCCUUUGGCCAACAACCCAGGCUGGAAGAGGAACGGAGCAGGACUGAUGGUCAACAGCCGCUUUGGCUUUGGACUCCUCAAUGCGAAAGCCCUGGUGGACCUUGCUGACCCAGCCACCUGGAAGCAUGUGCCAGAAAAGAAGCAGUGUAUCAUCAGGGAUGAUUCCUUCCAGCCAAGGGAACUUAAAGCAGCUGGGGAGAUCACUAUAGAGAUUCCAACCAAAGCCUGUGCAGGCCAAGAGAACGCAAUUCGCUCACUGGAGCAUGUGCAGGUAGAGGCCAGCAUUGAAUACACCAGGAGAGGGGACCUGCACAUCACUCUUACCUCCCCAGCAGGCACCGCCACAGUGCUUCUGGCAGAGAGAGAAAGGGACACGUCAUCUAAUGGCUUCAGAAACUGGGACUUCAUGUCUGUCCACACAUGGGGAGAAGAUCCUGCUGGUACUUGGACCCUAAAGAUCACAGACACUUCAGGACGCAUGGAGAACAAGGGAAGGAUCUUGAGCUGGAAGUUGAUUCUCCAUGGAACAUCAGAGAAACCAGAGCACAUGAAGAAACCUCGAGUGUACAUUCCUUAUAAUGCUGUGCAGAAUGACCGUCGGGGUGUGGAGCAUAUGGAUGACAUGAUGGAGGAGCCUACACAGGCCCACUCGCCACAGAAGGCUGAAGUUGCCCAAUCCUCUGAUUCAAAUCUGGAGAAGGAGCCUGAAAAGCCCUCAAACUCCUCUCUGGCCUUGUUGCGUCUCCUGCAGACAGCCUUUAACCGACAGAUCCCUGCGUUGCAGCCGCCCCGGCCAGCACUGAGGCCCUCUGCUUGGAGGAAGCAGCAGCUGAGCCAGAGUCUCUCCCCUCCUGCCACAAGACUUCCACCAGAAAAGCUGUUCCAGGCUCUGGACUUGAUCAACAAGUACCGGGGUCCAGAGGACAGCAUCUACAGUGACUACAGCGAUGGCUUCUACAACAACAAGCCUUACAGGCACAGAGAUGACCGACUCCUACAGGCUCUGUUUGAGAUGCUAGAUGAUGAUCGGAAGUGACAGCCAGGAGGUGCAGAGAGGAGAUGAAGGAUGGUGUUGGUUUGGGAGCAGAGGAACAAGGGGAAGGGGUGAAAGUAAGCAAACAAAUGCUACUGGGUCUGGAGGGGAAGAUAAGAAAUACCCAAAAUGCUGCAUUUCUGAUCUAUUUGCCAAUUACCUUCUUUUAAUCAAAUUUUUAAUUCCUUCAUUUAGUCAUCCAAAGUUUCCUUAAGCAUUUCAACAUAUGAUAUUAUAUUUAAAACCUCUCUGCUGUAAAAAGUAUCUUCAUGUGGUGAACAUCAAAUUAUUUGAUCAGACGAAAAGGGAGUUAUGGUGGCCUUGUCUCUCUUCUCUUUACUGCCAACUCAAGCAUGCCACCUUUAGGAUAUAAGUUUUGUAAUCGUACCUAUAUCUAUAUCUGUUAUUCAGACAAUGAUUGUAAUUAUGGCUUUAAAAAUUCCAUUUCACACCAUAACAUGAAAUUUAUUGUCCUAAAAAAAUAAACUAAAUUGAAAUAAAUAAAUUGAUUUUUUUAAAAAGAUUUAAAUUAAUUGCAAUUGAAAGCAAUAGUGUGACAGAUAAUGUUAAAUCUGUUGGCAAAAGAUUUAUCCUCCAGGCAUCGACAAAGCUCAAGAGAGUAAAAGAGUUAUUUUCUGUACUUUAUAAAGUACUAAAAAACAAUAUAUUUAUUAUGAGUUACUAUUAACUACCCCAGUAUACAGAUAAGACAAUUCACUAGUACUACAGACUAAGAAUAAACCUUAAAAACUCGACAUUGGUAAUAUAAAAAUACAUAACAAGAACCCAAAUACAAGAUUCAUUUUCUUGUGCAAUUUGUUUAAUUUUGUACAAGCGCAAUGCCGCAUUAGAGGAAAUAUUUUUCUAAGGAUUCAUUAUAACUCAUGAAAUAAUAUAUAAAAUAUAUAAAACCCUUUUAGCGUUUUAUUUUACUGUGGCACGGUUCUCAAUGUACAGUGUAGUUCUAACUACACACAAACACUGCCAAAACCUUGUUGUCAAAAAGCUCCUGUGUAUCAAUGACUGUACAAAUAGCUAAAAUGUGUUUAUCACCUGUAACAUGCCAGCUAAAAACACUUCUGUGAAUCUUUGACAAGUUCAUAUUCUAGUACUAAACAUUUGGUGUUAAUAAAGCUGUCACAGUCAGAAGAUAACCACAAGUUUGUGAGAACAGGGGCUCAGCUCUGCAACGUUCAAACACAUUAAUGUUGAACACCUUAUUUUAUGCUGUAACUGAUGUGCAUACUCAUCUCCACAUGGUGAAGAUCGAGUUACAGAUGCUAGUUUAAUUGUUUAGGACAUGAAUUGCUAUGAAGCCUCGACCAGUCUCUAUUCUCCAACUUGGAGCUGCCUGCCCCCACUUCUCUGCCAACAAAGUGAAAGGAAAUAGAUGAUGUUUGGGAAAACAAAGCUUUCCAUUCUCCCUGUAAUUUAUCCAUCAUUUAGAGUAGCCUGUGCUGUUUUUUGUUUUGACUGACAUCUUCAGUCCAAAGUUGUUUACAUAAAUCCAAUAUAAUGUUGCCAUUUCUGUAUGGAUGUAUAAAAAGUAUAAGAUUUAUCAAAAUAAAUUGCAAAGUAACAA